AUGCCAAUAACGAUCGCUUCUUACGGUCCGGAUGUCGCCCGAGCCAAAAAAUACGUCUAUUUGUCCGGAGCCGCCUACUGUUUCAACAUUCCCGCCUGGAAGUGUCCGUACUGCGAGAAAGCGCAAGGUUUUGGGUAUGACUUCCACGCGCUAAUUGUCAACAAGCAGGCCAACACGCUGGCUUUUAUCGCGAUUAACAAGGAGCUCAAGGAGGUCGUGGUUACGAUUCGUGGAACGCUAAAUGUUGCGAAUGUGGUGCAGGAUAUCCACCCUUCAAUUUUGAGCAUUGAGACAGGGUCCAGUCCUCUUGGGAGGGGAAAAAGUAAGGGACCGGAAAUACGGAUCCACACCGGCAUGAUUAACGCAACCAACUCACUCUACCCGGAAAUAGUGGAAAAGUUUGGCAAGGUUUUAAAAGAGAAUGAAAACUUUGAAGUUGUGCUUGUAGGCCACAGUCUCGGCGCAGCUGCAGCGUCUCUAACCCUUUUCCAGCUAAAAGAAGAAAUCCGACUCCCCGCAGAUUUUCCGACACCGAAAUCCUACGCGUAUUUCGGCUACGGCACUCCCCGUCUGGGAAACCAGGCUUACGCGGACUACUGGAACGGUCAAGCCAUGCAAAUUACCCGGGUCAUAAAUAAGGCGGAUUUUGCCGCGUACACACCCCCUUCCCUGGGUGGGUAUGUCCAUCAUGGCAACGAAUUAUGGCUGUCGCCGACCGGGGAAGAAAAAGUGUGUUCCAAAACGGUUUACGAAGACCCGAAUUGUGCGAAUUCGAUCGCUUCGAUGUCGAACUUGCAAGACCAUUUGCAAUACUGGGAUGUCGAAUAUUUAUCUUGCGCUCGGGCAGAUCCGUUGGCCACGGCGGGACAAUUCGUCAUUCCGGUGGUUUAA